AGCAAGAAAAUUAUACCAUUACUCUUUAGUACCCUACAAACUUUUUAAGUGGGUGCAGUGGAAAGAAGGAAAAAAAAGCCCAGAACCAUGGUUCUUGAAGUAGCACCAAAGCUUCCUGUUCUUGACUUCAGCAAGGAAACUUUGAAGCCUGGUACCAGCUGUUGGCUCAAAGCCUGUGCUGAUGUUAGGCAAGCACUUGAAGAGUAUGGGUGUUUUGCAGUAGAGUACAAGAAAUUAUCUCCAGAGCUUCGCGAUGGAGUCUUUGGGGUCUUAAAGGAGUUGUUUGAUCUCCCUACUGAAGUUAAAAUGCAAAACAAAUGUCAGAGGCCUUUGAUCAGCUAUAUCGGACAUGAUUCCAGAAUUCCUCUCCAUGAAAGCAUGGGCAUUGAAGAUGCAGCAACUCUUGAGGCAGCUAAAAAAUUUUCCAAUCUCAUGUGGCCUAGUGGAAAUGAUCGCUUCUGUGAAUAUAUUCAUGCUUAUGGGAAGCUUGUGACACAGCUGGAUCAAAUGGUGACAAGAAUGAUAUUUGAAAGCUAUGGAGUUGAGAAACACCACGACUCUUAUGUUGAGUCUACUUGUUAUGUACUUCGACUCUUGAAAACUAGAGCACCCAAAGAGAAUGAGACUAAUUUAGGGUUGGGAACCCACACAGACACCAGCUUCACAACCAUACUUCAUCAGAAUCAAGUUAAUGGUUUGGAGGUGGACACCAAGGACGGCCAGAAGAUUAAUGUCGAGUUUUCUCCUUCAUCCUUCGUCGUCAUGGCUGGUGAUGCCUUAAUGGCAUGGAGCAAUGAGAGAAUAAAAGCUCCUCGGCACCAAGUGAUCAUGAAGGGGAAGGUAGAUAGAUUCUCCAUGGGGCUUUUCACCUUCAACAAUGGAAUAUUAGAGGUACAUGAAGAGCUGGUUGAUGAGGAAUACCCUCUCAAGUACAAGCCAAUAGAUCAUCUGGGUUUCCUUCAUUUCUUCCAGAAAACCAGGCGUCCUAUUAAAGACUAUUGUGGCAUUUGAAACCAAUAGCUAGAAGUUUCAUAUAAUUCAUAUCUUAAAUUUAUAGACUAUAUAUACACACUCUUGCAUCAUGUACCUUGUGAUAUUUUACCAUAAAAUAUUGUUCUGUGGCAUGAUGAA